CGCCUACGCAUGGCUUGCACGGGAGAGGACCUAACAUCGGCGGAGAGAGAGGGCUGCUGGACACCCUGCUUACCGCGUCUGUGAAGAGCACCAGGACGUCCGGUGUGGUGGUGGCAGCGAGCAGCAAAAGCAGCAAGAGCUCGUUUUGAUUCCUCCCCUUCCAAGGUGCUUUGGAGAGACUGGUUUCAGGCUGAGCAGCAGAAAUCACGAUGAGUGCACAAGGUGAGGGACCCGGUCAGCCUUCCACUGCUGCCCAGGAUCAACCUGCAACCGCAGAGCUUCAGAAGAGAGGACGAGGCAGACCCAGGAAACAAACAGAAGAACCAACUGGUGAACCAUCUCCUAAAAGACCAAGAGGAAGACCCAAAGGAAGCAAAAAUAAGAGUCCCUCUAAAGCAGCUCAGAAGGGAGCAGAAGCCGCUGGUGAAAAGCGACCCAGAGGCCGACCCAGAAAAUGGCCUCAACAAGUGGUUCAAAAGAAGCCUGGUCAGGAAGAGACUGAAGAAACGUCCUCACAAGAGUCUGCAGAGGAAGACUAGGACACCGCACCAUGCAAUUUCUACCUCAUCAGCAGUCUUUUGAAGGGAGAAGACACUGCCUUGACCACUUACUUUCUGUUGCCAUGAUCUUUCCACUUUUGCC